AUGGACUCAUUUAGCUAGACAAAUUACAGUUAAGAAAAUUAAUACUAAGAAAGUUAGUAGCAUGGAAAUAUUCUAAAGAAUGUUAGAUUAGGAUUUGUUAGAAAGGUAUUUUCUAUAUUAUCUAUACAGCUUGCUUUCACAGCUUUAAUGAUAUUUAUGAGUUAACAAAGUCGCAGUUUUAGAUUAUUCUAAGCUCAAAAUGUCUGGCUAUUUACAUUAUCAACAGUUUUAACAGUUGCAAUUUCUAUCGGUAUGUACUGCGUACCAGCUUUAACUAAAAAAGUUCCAAUCAAUUAUUUUGCCUUAGGUCUUUUUACUGUUUGCGAAGGUUAUACCGUUUCUGCCUUUACCCUAUAAUAUAGCAAGUUAGUAGUACUUUAAGCAGGAUUCCUUACUGCUGGAGCUACUAUACUUCUAUUUUUAUAUGCUUGCACAACUAAGAAAGAUGUUACUAUCAUGAACAGCUCUCUCUUCAUGUUCAUAAGUUCUUUACUUCUUGUAAGUAUCAUGAACUUUUUCUUCAGAAGCGAGUUAUUAGUCAUGUUAAUUUAGUACGCAACAGUUUUGAUAUAUUCUUUCUACUUGAUCUAUGAUAUUUAGAUAAUCAUGGGAGACAAAACCUUAAAGCUUGAUAUUGACAAUUACAUACUUGGAUCCUUAAUAAUUUAUAUUGAUAUAAUCAAAAUUUUCUUAAAGGUAUUACAAUUAUUAGGACAAAAAGAAGAAAAGGAGAAAGAAAGAGAAAGAAAAAAAUGA